AAGAAGAAGAAGAAGAAGCUCCGCGAUGCCUCCGGCCUGCCACAGCUGCCAUCAACUGUCAAUGGCGCUGUCGAUGGACUUGCGAAGAAGAGCAAGAAAGCGAAGAAGGCCGCCGCCGCCGCCGCUACCGCCGCUAUGGAGAUCAACCAGAUUCUGAAAACGCCCAGCGCCGAACUUGUCAACUCCAAGCCUGUGCCGACAAAGAAGCCCAUGGGCACGGCGAUCGAGAAGAUCACAGCCGAUCUGGCCGACUCCAAGGCAUCCGAGUGGGUGGUGCGCGAGAAGGCGAAGAGCAAGCCCGUGGGCAGCGACGCCAAGGUCAUCAACUGGAACGACGACACCGCUAGCAAGUCGGCCAAGGUCGCAGCCAUUGAGAAGAGCAAGGCUGUCACCUCCGGCAACAACAAUGGCAGUUGGAGUAUCGGUGAGGUGCGCCCUAACCGCUCAUCGCAGUACGGCACUGCUGUUGAAGCUUGGACUAGCAGCGAUUCCAUGGCCGAUGUUAUUGCCGGGAACAAGAGUGCUGACGAGAGAAGGUCUGAUAAGAAGCGCAAUCGUCGUCCAGACUUUUAUGACUCGGAGUAUGAUCGUGGCCGCACAAAGAAGGUCAAGCAGCCAAAGGCCAACAAGUUUGCUGCCACUAUUAAUCCGUUCCAAAAGGUCGGCGAGCGCAUUUCCAAAAAACACUAAGUUUAGGGUAUGUCUAUUUUAUCUCGGUCGCUUUUAAUUUCACCUUUCACUUUUACUUUUACUUUUUAUUUUUAGCACUUUUUCUAUUGGAAACUAGCGCGAAUUGUCGAAAAC